AUGGAACAGAAUCCCAGCAAAGUGGAUAAGCGGCAGCUGACGGUCCCCCUCGUCUGUCGGUUCUCUUUCAAUGUCUUCAGCCUAGCCCGCCCGGUUACAGUGCAGCGGCGCAAAUGUUUCGUUGGUUCCGUUUCGGCGACGUGGUUCAAGAAGCUUGCCGACGGAGCCUCGCUGCGAGUCAACAGCCCGCCCUCGCCGCUGUGGACAGCUUCCGGAACUCGAGUCGGAGCUGCAGCAGCCAGAGCUCCCUAUUGGCAGGCCCAGAACCGCGGGUCAACCUGGGGCUACGCUUAG